GGCGGAAGUGAGGGAGCUCCGGCCAUGUUACGGCAGGAUAGCAGUGAUGACAUCGAAGAUGUGUCUCUCUUUGAUGCAGAUGAUGAUGCAUCCAGGAGAUCGAAGAAGUCCAAAAUAAGGCAUCCUGUGGCAUCAUUUUUCCACUUAUUCUUCCGAGUCAGUGCCAUCGUUGUCUAUCUGCUCUGUGAGCUCUUAACUAGCAGCUUUAUCGCCUGCAUGGUGACAAUUAUCCUCCUCUUGUCGUGUGACUUUUGGGCUGUAAAGAAUGUCACAGGACGACUGAUGGUUGGCCUUCGCUGGUGGAACCAGGUGGAUGAUGAUGGUAAAAGUCACUGGGUGUUUGAAGCCAGGAAGGUAUCAGCACAAAGGAGUAAAAGCUCCUCAGAAGCAGAGUCCCGAAUUUUCUGGUUAGGUCUGAUUACCUGCCCUAUGAUCUGGGUGAUAUUUGCUUUCAGUGCACUCUUUUCUUUCAAAGUGAAAUGGCUGGCAGUGGUUGUGAUGGGAGUGGUGCUUCAGGGAGCCAACCUUUACGGUUAUAUCAGAUGUAAAGUUGGCAGUAGGAAGAACUUGACGAGCAUGGCGACCAGCUAUCUUGGAAAGCAAUUCUUGCGGCAGACUGUGGCUAAAGAAGAUCAGCCAGCAUCCUGAGAGUAGCAGAAGACUCAAUCCGGAUUCACAGUAGUAAACAACAGGGAACUUUGCUCUGACCAUGAGAUUUGGGAGCUGCAUACAUGAGGUGUGAAUUAAAAGAAGUAAAUAAAUUGUGCAAGACUUCAGGUUAACACUCCUAGCAGCUUAUAUUCGAUUUUCCUCUAGCAGUUUGUGUUUUAAGUCCUUUC